AUGAGGGCCAAGGAGCGCGGCAACGUCAGUUCGGAGAGGUUGCAACUGGUGCGUGAAUUACACGCGCCAGCGAGAAGAAACUUUCCUCGCCGUCGCAUGAUCGUGCGCAGAUAUGACGACCUGUGGCAGGCGGAUCUGGUCGACGUGCAAUCGCACGCGCGGCAGAACAAGGGCUACCGCUACAUACUGACGAUCAUCGACGCGCUGAGCAAAUGCCCGCGGAACCUGCAGACCGACGAGGGCAAGGAAUUCUACAACACGCAAGUGCGAGAACUAGCGCGUAAGCGCAGUAUAAAUCACUAUUCCACGCACUCGGUAAUGAAAGCCUCGAUAGUGGAACGCUUCAAUCGUACGCUGAAGAAUGAAAUAUGGAAAGCGUUUACACUCAAUGGAUCGUACAAAUGGGUAGAUUGCUAUCGCGCCUCGUGA